UUUCUGGAGCCUCUGCGCCCGGCGCGGCCUCGGUAACGAGAGGGAGUCGGGUCCCGGGCAGGGACGGGCCGGGGGCGGGGCAACCAGGGCAGACCGGGGCGGGGACACGACUGCCUCCCGCCCGCCGUGCGCUGAGCGCUCAGAGCUGGGGCGCAGCGGGAGCGCAGUUGGAUCCGAUCUCCCGCGCCCCGAGGUUGCGGUUCCCCGAGGCCUCCCGCGCCCCAAGUUCUCCGUGGCCCGAGGUCUCCAGCGGCCCGAGGUCUCCGCCAGCGCCAUGCGGCUGAGCAGUCCUGGACUGCUCUUCCUGCUCUUCACCAGCCUUCAAGCCGAUACUCAGGAGAAAGAAGUCAGAGCGAUGGUAGGCAGCGACGUGGAGCUCAGCUGCGCUUCCCCCGAAGGAAGCCAUUUCGAUUUAAAUGACAUUUACGUGUACUGGCAAAUCAGUGACACAGUGGUGGCUUACCACGUCCCGCAGAACAGCUCCUCCUCCGUAGCCAGCCGCUACAGGAACCGGGCGGCGAUGUCGCCGGCGGGGAUGCUGCAGGGCGACUUCUCCUUGCGCUUGCUCAAUGUCACCCCCGACGACGACCAGAAGUUUCGCUGCGUGGUGCUGAGUAAAUCCCGGGGAUUCCAGACAGUCUUGGAAGUUGUGGUCACGCUGCAUGUGGCAGCAAACUUCAGCGUACCAGUCGUGAGCGCGCCCCGCAGCCCCUCCCAGGAUGAGCUCAUCUUCACGUGUAUGUCCGUGAACGGCUACCCCCGGCCCAGAGUGUACUGGAUCAACAAGACGGACGGCAGCCUGCUGGACCAGGCUCUGCAGAAUGACACCAUCGUGCUGAACACGCGGGGCUUGUACGACGUGGUCAGUGUGCUGAGGAUCGCGGCGACGCCCAGCGUGAACAUCGGCUGCUGCAUAGAGAACGCGCUUCUGCAGCAGAACCUGACCGUGGACAGCCAGACAGGAAAUGACGUCGGAGACAGAGACAAAAUCACAACAAACCCAGACAGUGCCCCCAAGGAGAAGAACCUGGCGGCGUGGAGUGUCCUGGCUGUCCUGUGCCUGCUUGCCCCGGUGGUAGGCCUGGCAGUGUGGGUGUGCAAGUGCAGAAGGCCCCGCUGUAGCUAUGCAGGUGUCUGGGCCGCAAGGCCGGAGCCAGAGCUCACUGGCCAUGUUUGCCCGAGCUCACUGCCCAGAAGUGUCAUCCACACCAAAGGCAAAUGUCCCCAAGUGAGUGGGCUCACCAUCGUCACCGGCAGUCACCCACAAGAAGGGCCUGGUGACGGGCUCCUCUCCACUCAGAGCAGGCAGGAUUCGGCACCAGGCUCUUCCCAGCACCCAGACCCACUGGGGACGCGUGCCUUCCCAUGAGAUGCGGGACCCUGAGACUGAAGGAAAGGCGUUUGGUUGAAAAGGAGGACUGGGCAUCCCCUCUUCCAGGACAGCGUCUGUGCUGCUGGAGUCUCCCGAGGGUGUUAGUGGGAGGCCCAGGCUCAGGACCCCUUCUGCCCUGGACGUCCCCGACCUGCCUCCCGCCCGGAGGCCACAGGACCCACGCCGGUGCGUGUCCACCAGCAUCGGCAGUUGUCCACACCGAGGAGCCCUGGAGGGCAUCGCUGGCCUCUGCCACGCUCCCUGGGAGGAACACUGGCCCUUGGCUGUUCUGGUGAAAAGCUGAGCCCCUUCAGAAGAGGCACAGAUGGAGUUUGCCAGAAGAAAGGCUGUGCCAGGGCUGCGUUACGCCAGCAGCAGAGGCUGCCGGGGCUCUGCCUGGGGCCUGCAAUGAGAAAGACACAGUCCAGGAGGGCUGGAGGUGCCCAUGUCCAGCAGGUGCGGGCCUGGCGACAUGGUCCCCAGAGUCCUGAGCAGCAGUUAGCUGCAUGGAGAGGCAUCACCUGGCGGCCGUGAUCCCCCUUCCCACUGCAGCUGUGAUCCCCAAAGCACGGGGUGGCUCCCCCCACCUCCACCACCGUCAGCAGCCCCACCUUGCUCAACCCUGAGGGUCUCAGGAUCCUGCUGAAGACCUCUGCCCCCAGCACCAGGCUCCUCAGAGAUCAACAGUCCCAAGGGGGCCCGGAGACAGGGUGGGCCUGUGCUGAGGGGUGCAACCCUGGGCCCUGACCGGACCCAGUGCCUUCCACGCUGGUCCCCGGAAUGAAUCAGCCGCUGACUGUCUCCAGGAGGGCUGGAAAGGACGCUGCCAGGUGACCCGGGGUGCACUCGCCCCAGGGAGAUGGGAUGGACGCCUGGCCUGACCCUCAGGAUGCAGUGUCCGCCCCCCCCCCGGGCUGUGGGCCAGUGCCCCUCCUCCUCCCUUCCCAGAGUCACCUGAUAUUCCCGGGAUCAGUCGGGGCCUGUGACAGCCCUGGUCACUUGGAACUGACAGCGUGUGAGGGCUGCACUUCUCAGACUCGGAACAAAACGAGGAGUGAGGACUCGUGGUCACAGUGAGGUUCCAGUACUUGUUACAAGCAAUUGUUUUUCUACAAAAAAAAGUCCCCACCCGGACCUUUAAGUGAAGGUGACCAGGGCUCCACUCGCACUUUUAACAUGCAAGCAUUAGAAGA